UGACGGAGCCGCGUGACGCCAGAGCGUGACGCAGGAGCCGGCUGGGCACGCCCAGCGCCGGCACGCGGAGCUCCGCCCCCCGUGGCUGCUCGCGCUCGCCGGCCGGCCGGCGUGUGGCUGUCAGGCGAGAACUGCCGCCGGCCGCCCGCCCGCCUUCCCGCCGGCCCUGAGGAGAGACCGAGGGCGGCCAUGAAGAUCUGGAGCUCGGAGCAUGUGUUCGGACACCCCUGGGAUACAGUGAUCAAAGCUGCUAUGAGAAAGUACCCCAACCCUAUGAAUCCAUGUGUGGUGGGAGUAGAUGUCCUUGACAGAAGCCUUGAUAACAAGGGGAGGCUGCAUAGUCACCGUCUUCUCAGCACAGAGUGGAGACUGCCGAGUAUUGUAAAAGCGAUUUUAGGAACAAGUAGAACUCUGACUUACAUUGAGGAACAUUCUGUGGUAGAUCCAGUGGAAAAAAAGAUGGAGCUUUCCUCAACUAAUAUUACUCUCACAAACCUAGUGUCUGUUGAUGAGAGACUGGUUUACACACCUCAUCCUGAAAACCCUGAAAAAACUGUACUAACUCAAGAAGCAAUUAUUACUGUUAAAGGCAUUAGCUUGAGCAGUUAUCUGGAGAGCUUAAUGGCAAACACAAUAUCUUCUAAUGCCAGAAAGGGUCGGGAUGCCCUGGAGUGGGUGAUCACCAAACUAAACACAGAAUUGGAGGAGCUGAAGUCAACACGUGAGGGCAUGAAACCAGCUAUGGCAGCAGCAUCAACAGAAAAAUAAAACCAAAAAUACCAAGUAACUGACAGAAAAGUUUUAUUCUGCAGACUGCUUUGUGGAUCUCCCUUCCAAGGCUGAUCUGCAGAGGUUUUAUAUAUUUAUAAGAAUACUGGAUCACCGGAAAAGUAACCUCAUCGUCAUCUCCACAGCAGCUUCCAUUGCCUACUGAUGAUUAAAUUGACCUCCUGCAGAUGCUCUUUUCAUUUAAACAAUUAAUUUUUAACACUGGAAACAAAACAUUUAGCACAUUUAAAACUGCCUAAAUGUGCCUUUUAUAACAAAGACAGAGAGUAUGUUAUAUUUACAUCAUCUUGUUUUUUCAUACUCAGACUUGAAAUUGAAAAGAAUGCAUGUGUGGUAUUAAGGGUUUUCCAUGUGAACAUCUGUUCUGUGAAGGGCUGAUGGGUACUAGAGCACUGAAUUUUGUCUGUUUUGGUAUCUGAUAGUGUCUUAUGACCAUUUAAAGGGAACUAGAUGAGUCAGAACAUGAUGCUGUAGAAUUAGAUAGCUAUCUAGGAGAUCAUCCUGGAAAGCUCGUGUGGUACUAACUUUUCUUACAUUGUUUAAAUGAGCUGCCUGAACAUGGCACGCAAAUAUAUAGCCUCUUAGAUGUUUGUAUCCAAACAAAGAUAAAAUUUCUAUUGAUGUUAAUAGCUUAAAACAGUGUUUUUGGUGAGGAGAAGGAUAUAAUUUAUUUUCAUAUUUAUUAACUUGCCCUAGUUCCUCCCCUUCCUAUGAGGAGAGGAGUAGUAAUUCCUGGAAGGUGCUGGGACAUACUUCUCAUGUUUAUCUCUAAGAAGGGUACUUGUAGGCUACUUGAGUGAAGAGUCUGUGCUGUUCCACUGGUCCUUGCUCUUCACAUCAUGUCUUAACUGAGGGAGAGACUGAUGCAAUAACCAGAAGAGUUGAAAUGAGAAGUAAGCAGGAAAUUUGAAAUCCAAAUGGUAAGUUUUCAUGAACAUGUAUUUUUCAUGCCCUGAAUGGAGAAAACAAGAGUAAAGAAAAACAAAUGGACCCUCCUUUUUGAAUGCUUUCUACUAACUACUGACUACUAGUGUAACUGAAUCUUUUCAACACUUUCCAUAUUGGUACAAAAUGGUUUUAGGAUCAAUGUAAAUUUCAUUAUUUGGAAAAAUACUGCAGUAACUGCAGAAACUGCUUCCUAUAAAACGUGCAUAAACACAUAUUGGUAACAGUCUGAGCCUUGUCCGAUGUUCACAGAACUUUCAUAUUUGGUCCAGGUAUAGUGUAUGUUUCUUAGACAGCCCUCUGCUAGGGCAUUUUAACUUUUUUUUGGUGUGCGCACAAAGUGAAAUAAACGUUGCGAGGAUGUUUACUCGUUCAAGUAGCAAGCAUGCAUUUAGGGAGCUGUUAAAGAGCAUGAGUAACUUUUAAAAAACUAGAAGACCAAAAUGUUGGUGUGUCUGUAGCUUAAGGGAAAUUUCAGCAUUCAUAUUCUGGUUAGUUUGAAAGUGAACAUUAAUUUGGGUGUAACUACAGUCUCACUAAAUUACAUGAUCCUAAUGAAUAAACUUAAUUUUUUUAAAAAUA